UGAAAUCACCGUAAUCACGUGACUCCGGCGGUGACACCGGCUGUUGGGAUAAAGUUACCUUGUAACUCUCUCUUCCCUCUUUCCCUUCCAUCAUCCGUCAGUCCCCGUGGUCGAUCUAAUUCUGUCAGAGUGGUUGAGUGGAGAGGGGGGGUGGCGGGGUGGCGGCUGGCUUGCUCUAUCUACAACCAAAGCCCCCAACCAGGCAAAGGGCAAAGACAGUGACCAUCUUAACUUGGUCUCUGUCUGUCUCCCUCAGCUUCAUCCACUGGGACGGAAGUCAGCUCUCUCUGGACCACCUUGCAAAAAAAGAAACCCCAAAAAAAACCCAACAACAACAACAACAUUUGGAGCUCUAAAAAGUUUUUUUGACUUCUGGAACAAAGAACGGAAAAAUGCAGAUUUAAGUAAUGAGAGUGGAAGAAGAGGUGUAGUGUUACCAGUGGUGUCCAGAGGGUUCUGGGUUUUCUACAUAUCCUCAGCACCAGCCAUUCACGUGACGUUGCCAGAUUGGAAUUAAAACACUGGGAUUAAAUCGCGCCGAGGAGUUGAGGAUCUACCGUAAAUAUUUGUUUUCAUGGCAACAUAAUCUGCACGAGGGAUUUACUGUUGGAGUAGAAACUUUUAUUUUGAAACUAUGACUGAAGCGGUUGAAGUGAGGUCGUCGACCACCACAACCACCAUGGUCAUCGACGCCAAGAAUGGAGACGCCGGGUCGCCGUCUGUGCGAGGGUCCAAGAAAACAUUUGCAGAUAACCUCCACUCCACCUUCAGCUCCCCGCUGGCCUGGAUCUUGGUCCUGGCUCUCAUUAUUACAUGGUCUUGUGUUUUUGUCAUCAUGUUUGAUCUGAUGGACUACAAGACCAUUUCAGGUCGUCCACCUCCUGCCGUCAGGAAGGUUUUAAAGGAAUCAGGCCGUGGAGGAGGCCUCACCAAGAUCGGCUCGGACCCCAUGAAGGCGGUGAAAGAUGUCGCGGAAGAAUCGUCAAACUUUUUCAGUGUCGCGUUCAGAUUUGCUGCCAACCUGAUUGCUCCUGAAGAAGAUGAAGGAAAUCUAUACGCAGUGAGAAAAAAAGGAGAAUUUUUACCGUCCCGAAGUAAAGUUAUAGGGAUGCAAGCAAAGACGAAACUACCAGCGGUUGAAGUCGUGGAAGACGAAGAAGAGGAGGUGGGAGAGGAGGAAGGAGAAGAGGGAGAUGAAGAGGAGGAGGAGGCGGAGGAGGAGGCGGAGGAGGAGUAUUAUGAAGAGGAAGAGGAGUAUUAUGAGGAGGAUGAGGAGUAUUAUGAGGAAGAUGAGGAGUAUUAUGAGGAGGAUGAGGAGUAUUAUGAGGAAGAUGAGGGAUAUUAUGAGGAGGGAGAAGAAUAUGAGGAGGAGGAAGGAGAGGAGGAGGAGGGAGAAGUUGAGGAGGAGGAGGAAGAGGAGGGAGAAGAAGACAAGGGCGCAGCAGUUGUGGAGGAGGAGGAAGAAGAAGAGGGAGCUGAUGAGGAGGAGGGGGAGGAAGAGGAGGAGGAGGAGGAAGAAGAGGAAGAGGGAACAGAAGCUGAGGAGGAGGAAGAGGAGGAGGAAGAGGAAGGAGCAGAAGCUGUUGAGGAGAAGGACGAGGAGGAGGGAGGAGAAGCUGAUGAAGAGGAGGAGGAAGAGGAGGGAGGAGAAGCUGAUGAAGAGGAGGAGGAGGAAGAGGAGGAUGAGCCAAAAGAGGAAGAGGUUGAAGCAGCUGCUCAAGAAGAGGAGGAAGAGGUGAAGGCAGAGGAGGAAGAGGAGGAGGAGGAGGAGGAGGAGGAGGAGGAGGAGGGAGCUGCUGAGGUGGAGCAGGAUGAUGAUGAAGACGAGGAAGAGGAGAAGGAAGCAGCAGCUGAGACUGAUGAA